AGAAAGGCAGCCCGUCCCAAUGACUUGGCCAAUGUUUUUCGCCAUGCUGCCCACUCCAUGUUGAUCCAACGAGCCGCUCAGCUACAAAAAGCUUUUAUUUACUGGAAAAGGAUGAGCCAUUAUUUCCAUUCUCGACUCCUAUGGUAGGCUCAGUCUUAUAUCGUCCCUGCUUUAAGCUGAUUUGAGCCACACUUUAAACUGCAGUUGACCAUGGUGCGCAAUGUGGACGACCUGGACUUCUGCCUGCCCUCCCAUCCACAGAGCAUUCUGGAGGGCUUGCGCUCCCUCUGCUCUGACCCCAAACUGGUGGAUGUAACACUGAGUGCAGGAGGUCGGGACUUCCCCUGUCACCGCGGCGUGUUGGCGCUCUGCAGCACGUACUUCCACAGCAUGUUCUCAGGGGACUUUGUUGAGAGCAUAGCUGCGCGUGUGGAGCUUCAAGAUGUCGAUCCUGAUAUACUCAGCUGCUUGCUGGACUUUGCAUACACUGGCAAACUGACCAUCAACCAGAGCAACGUGGAGGGGCUGAUUUGCAACUCCAGCCAGCUGCAGUUCCAAACGGUGAGAAGCGUGUGCAGCCGGUACCUUCAGCACCAGAUUGAUGCCACCAACUGUCUGGGAAUCCUGGAGUUUGUAGAGAUCCAUGGCUGCCCCGAGGUGAUGGCCAAAGCAUGGGCCUUCCUCUUGGAGAACUUUGAAGCUGUGCAGCAAUGUGAAGAGUUUCUCUUGUUGGGGAAGGACAGGUUGGUUGCCUGCCUGUCUGACGAAGGACUACAAAUCCGGACAGAGUGCACCCGUGUGGAAGCCAUUCUGAAAUGGGCCCGGCACAACAAGGAGUCCCGGCUCUGCCACUUACCUGAACUGCUCACUCUGUCCCGUCUCCCGCUGCUCGGCCUGGACUACCUGACUGACACCCUUCUGAAGGACAGUCUGGUGCAGGGCUCUCCCUGCUGCAGAGAGGCUGUGGAAAAAGUCCAAAGAGAGAAAAUGGAUUUGGCUCCAGAAAACACAGACAGACCCAGUUCUCAGAGUCCACAACCAAAUCUGCAAGAAGUGCUGUUGGUGAUGGGAGGUCGUUCUCUGGAAGACUCGGAUGAUGAGGAGGACUCAGAUGAUGAGGACAGAGACCCGAGACUGCAAAGACUACUGCCCAGGAAUUUUGCUUUCUACAACACAAAGACAAAACAGUGGCAUGAGCUCCCUCAUUUUCCAAAUCCUAACAAGUGGGGUUACGCCAUGGUCUCCUUAAACAAUGAUGUGUAUGUCACAGGGGGCUCGCGUGGUUCAAAUACCAACACCUGGUCCACCACAGAGACCUGGAAGUACAUCACAAAAGAAGGGAGGUGGGUUACUGUUGCUCCCAUGCUCCGGCCUCGGACUAACCACACUUCUGCAACACUCAACGGGGAGAUUUACGUCAUUGGAGGUACAACUUCAAAUAGGGUUGAGGUUGAGCAUUACGACCCCUACAAUGACACCUGGGCGUUGACCUGCCCCGCCCUGAAAUAUGUGACUAACUUCACUGCCACAGCGUGUCAUGGGAAGCUCUACGUGAUUGGCUCCUGUGCUGUGAAAUAUAAUGCUUUGGCCAUGCAGUGUUACAACCCUGUUAUAGAUAGCUGGACCACAAUAUGUUCGCCCUUCAUCCCUAAGUAUUUGUCCUCUCCUCGUUCUGUCUGUAUGGAUGGAACUAUAUAUCUGGUUGCUGACAACACUAAGAAGGUCUACUCUUAUGAUCCAGAGGCGAACAUGUGGCAGAAGAUCCAGCUUCUCCACAUGCUCCAUGAAAAUGGCGGUCUGGUGACACUGGAUGGGAGGCUGGUUAUCACUGGAGGCCAUUGGAAAGGGAUGGAGGGGGACUAUGGGGUGGAAGUGGAGGUUUACAACCGAACAACCGACACCUGGGAGGUGGAGAGCUACCUGCCGAGGCUUUGGUUCUACAGUGGAGUCUGCACCAUCUUCCUUGAUCCUUCUCUGUGGACUGAGCUUUUCAGCAUAGACUCAACAUAAUGGCCUCCUCUCCUGAUGGCUUAAAACCCAGGUUGAGGAGUUCACAGAGACACAGACCUGUUCCAAUCUUAUCUAUGUUACACUGCAAAUGGAAUGUUUAUGCCAGGAUGUCAUUGUGCCUUAGAAUAGGUGCUACAUGAUCCUCAAGUAUUCUGGGUUGUUUUUAUUGCCUUGCUUGGCUGCUUAGCAGUUGUUUAUUUAUACUUUGUAUCAUGUGUUUGAGUUGGUAAAUGGUGUCCUUCAAUCACUAAAUCUUUACAGAGUGAGUAUUACAAUUACUUGUUGUAUCAUGAAUUUGCAAGAAAUUAUAAAUAAAAUGUGUUGCUGUAAACUGA